AAGACGGAAGUAGCCAUCUUAAAUAUCCAAUACUGGUUCAUUUUAUUUUGGUAGUUGUAUUGGUUAGAAUGCACGUGUAAUUUUAUAAUCUUUUUAAAAAGAUUUGUUGUGAAGUGAUUUUGUUAUUUAUUUAUUCCACAUAAGUAUCCUUAGCAUCAAUUAGUGUUUAUGUGUUGAAACAAUAGUAAUUACAUUAUAAACAUAAUGGUUAGUUGUGUUGAUUGCAGUUGCUCUAACACUCCUAAAAAUAAAUCUUUAGGAAUUACUUUUCACAGUUUUCCUAAAGAUAGUGAGAAAAAUAAAUUGUGGAAAAAUUUUGUUAACAAACCAAAUUGGACGCCUACAAGAACUAGUGUUUUAUGUUCUCAACAUUUCACCAAUGAAUGCUUCGAUCGAACUUCAAUGCUAAAAGUUAGAUUGCAUCCAAAUGCUCUUCCUACAAUUAAAGUUGACCGUUUGAAAUAUGUAAGGACAUUUAAUCCAGUUCAACUUACAUCUAUUGAGUCAUCUGAAUACCAAGAUGAGCCUCUACCAGGGCCAUCAAUCAAGACAGAACCAGAUCUUGUUAUAAAUCCAUGUACAGAUGAUACUCCACGUCAAAAACAUUUAGAAAGGAAAAUCAUGGAUUUGGUAAAGAGAGAUGCUUUAAGAACCAAACAAAUUCGAAAACUUCAUAAAAUUAUUUGGAGACAGAAGAAAGUAAUAAAUUCCCUUAAGACAAUUGUAUGUUUGCUAAAAAAUAAGAAACUCACUGAUGGCUGAUUAUUUUGACCCAAUAAAGGAAAUUAUUGAUGGAUUUUUCAGAAAAAAAGUCAAACAGAGUAAGUACGAGCAUCAAGUGAGAGCAUUUGCAGUGACUACAUUUUUUUCCAGGCUCAUAAUUAUGCUCGAGAAACAGUUCAAAAUUCUUUACAUCACAGGAAACCAUUAUCAAAAAGGUAUUCUUCUAUAUACCUAGCUGGAAAGUCCUGAAGAUAAUCGAGAGAAAAAUACUGAGAACUAUAUUCGUACCAAAUAUUACAGGAGAUAGAAGAGAGAAUAUUGGAGAAAAAUGAAGAAAUAGAAGAACUCGGAGGAGAAAAUAUAAUAAGGUAUAUAAAAGCAUAGCGACUAAAUUAGGCAUGAGAAGGAAACCUACAAAAAUAGUGUGAGGAUAACACAAUGACCAAGUAAUACCUGGAGAAACCAAAUGGAAGAAUCCUAGACUUGAAAGCAAAAUGCAUUUGGCAGUAUUCAGAAUAUGUAUCAUUAUAGAUAUGUGGAUAAAGGAAAUAAAUUUCAGGGACAGAAACAGACGUAUUGAGCCAUAGAACUUACCAGUUUUUCAUAUUUUCAUUGAAAAGUUCACCAAAGGCAGUUUUAGUUAAACAGGUACUUUUUUUAAAAUUUAAUCUAAUAACAAAUUAAAGUUUUUUGGUAUUGUAAUAACAAACUUUAAAAAUGACUUUUGAUGUAACAGAACCUAAGUUUAGCAUUUAACUCUUAUCUAGGUUGGGAAAUGUGAUCCGACUAUUAUUUCUCAUUAGUUAUCCUAAAAAUAUUGUUCAAUACGAUGAAGGGAAAAUUCUGAGAUAAUUUGAGCUCUUACUAUUAUCAGGUGAUUAUUUGAAAAUUUCUAAUUCUCAUUCAGCAUCCAUUUACAGUGGAAACGAGCGUUUGUGAACUGAUAUUUGAUGAAAGAAACUUAAAAAUGGACAAACAGCAAAUAGCGAAACCUUCCUCUCUAUCAAUAUAUGGCUCACUCACCAAAUUUAGUACCAUGCAACUUCUGCCUCUUUCCAAAAAUAAACAAUGAUCCAAAAAGUUUCAACAUCAAUCCUGAUAUAUAGAUGAAGCCAUGACAAGGAUGAAAUAAGUCUUCCACAAAUGCUGCUGAGAGCAGUAAGUUAGAUUAGUGUGGGCAACCUCUAUCUAGUUGAGUCUUGGUUUCACUCGGAGACUUAAGGCCAAUAUGUUACCCUUUAUUUUCAACGAUUUUGAAACUUAGUUAACUAGCUAACUACCCUCCUAUAAUUUAUCCUUGUAUAGGCAAGAUGUCCUCACAAGUAAAAAUACAUAGUACAUAUACACUUCGAACGUUUCCCAGAACAACUUCUUGAAAAAAUAAUAAUCCUUCGACCUCGGAAAUUCCAAGUUACCUUUCUUUUAAUACCUUCUUAGCCCCUUCAAGCUCCCUAUAUCCCAGAUGACGUGAAAAAUGGCUUUUUUCAAUUUUUUUUUGUAAUCCACUGAUUAUGGUGGCGGUAUAUUAGGAAAGUAUUUCUAGUUAUCUUAAAAGUGAAUUUAGUGAUUUAUCCAGUGGCGUUACUAUGGUGGCCUAAAUUAGUGAAAAAAAAAACAAACUGACUAUGUAAAAUUUUUUAUAUUUUUAUAAAUGAUAUACAAUCAAAAUAACAUAAAAAUAAAUCAUACAAAAUAAGCAGUGGCGUAGAAGGUGAAUAUAAAAUAUGAUAUUACAUUCUUUUGAUCCUAGUUAUAUUCUUCUGAAUGAAAUGAUGUUGAAAUAGAAAAUCCAACAUUUGUUCCUAAUGUACAGAAUAGAGAUUUAUAAAAAACCAGUGGCGCAGCAAAUGGAAUUAAAAUAUGAUUUAUUCUUUUGACAUAUCUUGUGUGUAAAAAAUAAAUGAUAGAUAAAGGGUACCAGCAUAUAAGUAAUUUGAACACUAAAUAGAUUUUUCUGAACACUAUGGAAAAAAUUGCAAACCAAAACACAGUGGCGUGCAAAACAAAAAACGGAGUCUAUCAAACUAUGGUAUUCAUCACAAUGUGCCUCUGAACAUAAAUAAAUUGGUGCGUUAGGGCAAAUACCACACAUAUUAGCUGUGUAAGCUCUUUUCUUCUGUUGUUCUGCUCUGCAGUUAUACGGUUCGAUGUCUUGGUCCACUGCAUCUACCUCUCCCAUAUUGCUAUUAUAGUGUUCAAUGGCAGAUGGUUUUUGAAGUAGUAGAUUAGUAGACACUGAUGCCUGGUAACGAUUUUAUUCAACAAAUCCUGCUGUGAGCUUGGUGGACCACAGGUAAACAUCUCUUUUGUCUCUAUAUCUAAUAAUCAAAACAUCAUUUUUUUCGUACAAAACAAGUUUGGUAUUUGUUGAGACUUAUUUCGGUUUGUUCUUUAGGAACUCCCCGAUUGACCCGUAUGAUCCAAUUACGUAAGUUUUUUUGCAAGCAGAAACUCUGGUAGUCUCAGAGACACGUACUAAAUGUCGAUAAUUAUUUCUCGACCUUGAUCUAACAGUUGCUUGAACAAAUAAACCACGAUUCUUUCAGACAGUGACAGAUGUUCUGAUCCGUGGAUAUCCUCAACAUUAUAUACGUCCUUUCCAAAAUACAUGGCAAAAUGAUAUGUGUAUCCCCACAAAUCAGGAUGGCUAGGACAAAGGCAAAACAUAUUAAUUCCAAAGCGUGCUCGUUUUGAUUUAAGAAAUUGUUUAAAAUGUAGUCGCCCUUUGUAUUAUACCAAACACUCGUCUAUUGCUACAGUUUCCCCAGGAUCAACAAGGUUCAUACAAUUUUCUUUGGCCCAAGCAAAAACAUAACCAAACGGGCAUGGGUUUCCCUGGUGUGAAAGCUUGAGGAUUGCUAAAUCUUAAAAAUUUUAGAAUAGCGAAAAACCUGUUUCUGCUCAUUAUUUGGGCCAGAAAACAAAAAGGUUUUGUUCCAAUAGUCUCGCAUAUUCGGAUAUCGUACUAGACCCAUAUAUAAAUUCACCGAAAGAAAAUUAUACAUCUCCGGAACUGUGACAUCCUUCCAAAUUAUACCGUAGACUUUUUGAUUACCAAUCUCUAUGAGGUACCUUCCUGCACGUUCAUUCGUCCAAUUACAUGUUCUGUAGUUCGAUUGCGAGGUGAAAGUCUUCAUAAUCACCAGAAAAAGACACUGUUGUAGCUCUUUUAUCCUAAAACAAUAUUAGAUAAAAAAUAAAAUUAAAAAAUAUACAUAGAAAAGGUCAACAUAGACUGUCGUCGCUUUCGCUAUCUGUAUCAGGACCACUAGGUAAAUAUUCGGAUCCCGAAUCCUCAAAUGGUUCAUCAUCACUCACGUCGGACAUCGUUACACGUAAAACGCACAAAAAACUAUCUAAUACUGCAGCACUGCACCGUUGCAAAUAACAUUUUACACUGCAACCGCCAAAAAUAUGGAUGCGGACUAUACAUGCGUUUGACCUUGAAUCAGCCAAAUACUUAGGUGGGGGGGGGGAUUAAAUUUAAGUAUCCCAUUCCAGGGUAUACUAUUCAACUAUGAUAUUAUUCCAACGUUUAGUUUAAAUAUAUCAUUUGUUGCCACAAGUUACAAUCUGGGAUAUAGAUCAAUUUGAGCUUGUUGGCACAUGUGGCAACAUGGGCUUGAAGGGGUUAAUAUCCUAAUAGCAUGAAAUUAACUUAAUCCUCUCCGAUAUACAUAGUACACGUUUUAUGAAAAACCAACAUAUUUACAUCCCCCUACCUUUUACAUUGUUUUAUAGUACGUGAAUAUAGGCUAGAUAUAAUAGAUCGUGGAGAAGUUCAUUUUUCUAGGAGAAACGAAGCGUGCAAAUUUCUGAUGCCUAUAUCUCAGUAGAGCUACGCUGCUCUUAGAGAUUCGGCAAGCGGGAGUUCGUUUAGUUUUACGUUUUGUAUAUAUUGUUUUGUUAGUAUAUUUGUAUAAAUAGUGAGAUAAAGUAUUUUUCUUAUUUUCAUUAUUGUGCUACCUCUUUACCAUCCUUGACCCUUAGCCUUGCUCCCAUGACUUAUUUCCAAGCAUUUCUAACCCAGAAUAAAGUUUUUUCACUUUUUUUAAUUCUAAUUCUGCUAUUUUUUUAAGGCACUCUUUUGUGUUGUCCUCCAAUAUUUCACGUCGUUUCUCUCAAGGCAUGGUGUAGACAAAGCAGAAGUUACACUCUUGGUAACAGUUGGCACUCAAAAGCAGUAGAUUGAAAAAGAUUAAUUCAAAUUUUAACUUUGUUCGCAUUGAAAUAAUCCACAGUAUUUUUGAGUAACUUGAAGGUGUAAUUAUUUAUUAAUAAAAAUAUAAAUCAGAACCUCUACUAAAAAUUUUAAA